GCAACACUCCAUGUGAAACGGAGUAUAUAUAAGCCGGACAUUUUCUUGGCCUGUUUCAUAUCUAAGUCUUUACACGUUGACUUCAUUGUGAAAAUCAUGAAUAGAUACUUGUGUGUGUGUUUGUUUGCCGCGCUGAGCAUUUUGGCUCUUGUAAAAGGGGCACCGUCCAACUGUGUCACUGGAAGUGCAUGCGACGGGUGUGGGGCUGGUCGCUUUUGGAUGGUACGGCUUGGGACCAGACAGGUGAAGGUGUGCUCGCCAAAGUGUCUCAAAAGCUGCCGCGCCGGGAACGAUCCCAACGGACGCGCAUUCUGCACGUGCUAUGAUCCUGCAGAUAUAACAGGCGACUGCUGGAAAGGGGACCAAUGUGACACCUGCCUUGCCGACCCCAACAAAGGCUACGUCGGAAACAUCAAUGGGAUAUCGGUCUGCUGCGCAAACUGCGAGCGCUCAGGAAUGGCCCUUAGUUCUCGGAGCUGCAGCUGCCUCCAUAACGGCCCCUAGAAGCCACCAAUUGCAGCCGCAACGUCGCAUUUGAGACUGGCUUCGCGUUGACAAACCACUGAAGAGUCACGACAUUUGCGUCAUUACAGUUUUGGCAAGUGGUCACUUGCCUUAAAUAAAGGACAAACAAAUUGUAUAUAAUAAGAAUGCAAUACUGCCCCAGCAACUGGAGUUUCACUUCUUUGCUUCCAUUCACUUCGAUUCUUUAUAUUAUAAUAACUUCUGUUUACAGUUUAUUUUAAUAAUAAUACACAUAAUAAUUAUAAUUGUAAUAAUUAUAAUAAAUAUGAAAAACCCCAAAAUAAUCUGUAUAUCCAUUUAAGCGAAUUGCAUAAUUAUUUUAUAUUCUUUGAUCCAGAUAAAUGUGUAAAACAUUUAUUUUUAGAAUUAAAUUAUGUUGUCGAGUUAGUUAGUAUAUAAAGUAUCAAUAAACAAUUUAUUGUUUGUGUGUGUGUGGGGGGGGGGGGGGCUGUGGUAUUCUACGAAAAUACUAAUAAACCAACCGGUCCUUAAGACCCAACUGUCUAUCGAGCACGGUAUAUUUGAAACAAAAGCUAGCCGAUGUAGGGUGCCCUUAAUAUUGAGUAUGCCAAUAUGAUGGAAGUGAAACAGAAAUUAUAAAUAUAUAUUGUUAGUUCAGCUAUUCGAUACUGUUUAGGAAGAACGUCCGUAUUAUUUGAUUUCUCGUCAAUAUUAUGAUGCACAGCCUCACAUCCCCCAGCGACAAAUGAACCGUACUUACUUUAUAAUGAAUGUAUCAUAAACAACAAAAUACCACAAGAACGCAGGCCAGCACAAUAAUUAAUGAAACAUCAAAUCUAAAAGCAAUAAGGAAUCAUUGAACUGUGGAAAUUCUGGAUCCAAACAAUGACCCGAAUUAUUGCCAGAACUAUGGACCCACUUAAAACUUGCCCACCAAAAAUAUUUCAGGAAAUCAGUUUCGCUCGCGACAUUAAAUCAAAGCGCUGAAGGCA